AUGCCGUCCAAUCUCCCUGACGAGGCUGAGCUAUUGGAAAGGCUAGAGGACCUCUUUCUAUCUGCUGUUACCGUGCAUGUCGAGCGAUCGCAUUCGGGCAAUAAGGUUCGAUUGUAUCCUGAAGAGAUUCGGGUGCUAUUAUCGGAUUUCUUACGUGCAAUUGCAGACCCUGAGCAAGCAGAACUAAUUGAUGCACUAUUGGACGAAAUUCUACCCAUCGACAUCCUGCAAGGGGCACUAUAUGAUGCAUCUUUCAUGCUACAUCGCUCUCUGACGAAGUGGCACUCACUGCAUGGCCCUGUAAACCACUUGCUGGUGGACGCCGACACUCCAAUAUUUGACAAUGCUCAUAGAAGCCAUGUCUCCAGCGACGACAGUGGCCAGGACUGCGAUAUUUUCAUCGGAGAUGCGCCCAAUUUAGGUCAUCAUCACGUUGUUCUAAGAAGGCUUAGGGAUAUAGAUGCCACAAUUGCGUAUUUGAAUGCCACAGCAACCGAUAUACAACUAAGUAUGAAUGAGCGGGAAGAAGAUAUGGAGGCCAAUCGUCAGGAGACGAAAAGGCGUCUGAAACGGAUUGAUAACGACCUGCGUCAACUAUCAAAACUCAACACUGUGACCUGCGCUGUGGAUGCGAUAAGUGACCGAGUUGGAGAGCUCGAAAGCUCCGUUCGCUCGAUACGCAAGGCCUUAAAACUAUUGCAGGACGGCAACACAUAUCACACUGUAUGCAAUUCUGGCUCACAUACUGAAGCAUGCAUUGCAACUUGCAUCUCUUCGCCACUAUCGACUGGGUGUUCUAUUAAGAACCCUUCCGUUGGCAUGGCUGGACUGAGCGAUGCGAUUCACACUCUGAGGAACUCGGCUCAGAAUGCUCGUGAUACCUCCAUGAGAAAUUAUGAACUUUUCUCUGAGGAACUUGCGAACGUUGAGGUUGUGGGCGAUUCUCGACUGUUAUUCGUUCCCCAAUGCUUACAGCCUACGCCAUACGUUCCCAUGCAUGAUGUCAGCGUCGACGUGACUGACGAAUCAAUACAAACCUCGAAAUGCAAUUACCCCUCUCAGAAGCCGAUUCUGAGGAAGAAAUAUGAUAAACCACAGCCGGAGGAUCGCCAACAUUGCCAGAAUGCCCCAGUUGCUCAGCGAACUCGCAACCCAAGCAGGGUAUCACCAAUCGGCGCUGAGUUGUACGGAACUACACCUGCUACAUCUUCCGCGAAGACUUCUUUCAUAGCUGUGACUUAUCACUCAUCUGUGAUCGAUGCAUUUUGCACUAUUCCAAAACGCUUGCAGAUGUACUUCGUGGAAAACCUUUAUCUGCCUGGUAGUAACUAUGUGGGCAGCUAUUGCACCCUGCGACUGCAAAUGUCAUCGAUCUCAACGCUCGCAUGUGCAUGUGGCGCACUGCAAAGUGCAUCAAUGCUGCACAUUGGUGCUUUCAUGAUAGGAUCAGUCACAAUUCUGUACAUCUGGGAUGUUAUCACGAUUCUCAGGUCAAGUAUGACAUCUGUAGCUCCCGAGGGCUUCCAUACUUUGUAG